AUGGGGCAGCGUCGUGCGGGCGUAACGGCACUUUGCUGCUGCAUCAUGAUGGUGGCGCUCGUGGCCUUUUUCAUUACCCCUGCCUCGUCGGUUCGAUUCCUGGAGAUGAUCGUGCGAACGGGUGACGCCAUUCAGAGCGAAGCCGACAUCGACUUUAUGAUCUCUCAGGCUCUUCGAACGCACAUUGAAGGCAUUUCGGUGCUUAUGAAGGACGAUGAGUCGGGGCUGCUCUACUACACGGGCAGCACCGUGCCCUCCACCCGAUCAUACAACGCCUCUGCCGGCCUCGAUUACGACUCCCUCAUCAAAUACCUCCUUUCCACCGCACACCAAAGCGGGCUGAAGGUGUAUGCCUGGCUGCCCAUGUUCAAGGACCCCGUUCUCGCACAGGCGGACUACGAGCUGGCCACGAUGCAGAAGGAGAACAGCAACGCUGCCCUGGAGAUGAGCCAGCUCUUUGUGAGCCCGGUCAACCCCGCGGUGCGAGCGCACGAGCAGGACCUCAUAAGCGAAGUGCUGAACAAGUUCGACUUUGACGGCGUUCGCCUGGAUUUUAUUCGUUUCGAUUCCGACUUCUCGGACCUGAGCAACUACACGCGCGGCGUGUUCAAGAGCGAAUUCGGCGUCGACCCCAACACCAUCCAGUCCGACUCAGACUACACCAACUGGGACAAGUGGGUGGACUUCCGGGCGGCGCAAAUCACGUCGUUCCUGAAGGAGGUGGUCAAGACGGUGUCGGACAUCGACUCCAGCCUCGACGUGGGCGCCUACGUCCUGCCCUUCGCCGCCAGCGCCGACGGCUACUACGGCAACACGCAGUCGGGCAACGACUACUCGCAGUACACCGACAACUGGAUCAAGAUCAUGCCCAUGGUUUACUGGCAAGACUGGGCCACAGCAGACAACUUCUACGAUUGGGUGAACCAGACCAUCUUCUACGCCAACCACCUCACCAAGGCCAAGGUGAUCCCGGUGUUCAGUGUGACGUCCGACUACGCAGUGUCUGAGUGGCCGCUGCAGCCGAACGACACCAUGGUCGACUACUACCUCUCGCGCGCCUUUGCCACCGCUUCCGACAACGAUUGCCCCAGCGUCUCCCUCUUCUAUUAUGGCAAGUGGAGCGAUGAGACGUUCCAGCGGGUGGCGAUCUCGGGGGACAGGAGCAUGGGCAUGUCGUUGUGGAACGGCAAGCACCUCACCCUGACCAUCGUCUUCUUCCUCCUCACGUGCUACUCCUUCUACAAGAUCGAGACCUUCUUCCUCUCGCUCCUGUGA